AUGAAUUUGUUUGAAAACGACAAAAAAAGUAAAGAUUGGCUUAAUACAGUCUUUUUACAAGGCAAGCUUAAAGAUACUGAACUAUCACCAAAGUCAGUUCAAUUCAUUAAUCUAAGUACACGGCAGCAAUUGCGUUGUCGGCGAAAACUCGAAGCUAAUUUGGCUGAAGAGCCUAAGCCAAAAAAAAUCAAGACAUUUGUACAAUCAAUGUCUGGCUCCGAUGAAAGUACAAAAAUGUCGACUAAAGUUGCGAAGGACUUCGAAUUCGUAAUUGAUCAGUGCUUGCAAUCAGGAUCAACUACCAUUGCGAACAAGAUUCGGCAUCCUUCACCUCAGCCCUAUUCACCACAAGAAGCUUUGUCUGUAAUUAUAGACAAAAAAUUAACAGUCGACACUUAUAAGUUUUUACAAACAGAUUUAAAAGAAAGGAAUUGUUCAGUAUUUCCACCUUACCAUAAAGUUUUAGAAAUAAAAAAAUCUUGCUACCCUCUAGAGGAAGUACAAAAUGCAACUCAAGAACUGUAUUGCAUUUUUGAGGGCUCUUGGGGCUUUGAUGGUAGCUCGGGGCAAGCUUUGUACAAACAAAAUCUUGGUGAUGACGAUGACGAGUUAAGUAAUGAGAACAGUCUCUUUGCUACUACUUUUAUUCCUUUAAAAAUUUCAACAAAAGACAGUCAUGAACUUUGGUUAAACCCUACACCCCAGUCAUAUCGCUCUUGUCGGCCUCUCAGAAUACAAUAUAAAAAAGAAACAACUGAACUAAUCAAAUCUGAAAAAAAAAUUGUAGAUGACCAAAUUACUCAACUUAAACCGUUAUCAGCAAAAACAUCUAAAGGCUACACGAUACACGCUGAAUGUGUAUUGUAUUUGAUUGUUAUUGAUGGGAAGGUGCUCAAUAUUAUUCUAGACACUCCAUCUCAGCUGCGUUGUCCUUUCUGUGGAAUAACAUCUACUCAAUUUAACAAAUUAGAGGUCUGUUAUGAAAAAAUACCCAGAAAAGAAGCACUGAUGCAUGGUAUAAGCCCUCUUCAUGCCUGGAUCAGGGUUUUAGAGUUUCUUUUGAAGCUGGGCUAUAAAUCCGAAGUCAAAACGUGGAGAAUCCCUCAGACAUCUCCAGAAUAUCAAUUAUUAGAACAACGAAAAAAAUAUGUCCAGACCCAAAUAAGAAAACAAAUAGGUGUAUUAGUUGAUGUCGUCAAACCAAAUAGCGGCACAACUAAUGACGGAAAUGCUGCGAGAACCCUAUUAUCUGACAAAUACAGACAAACGUUUUCGGAAAUCAUAAACAUAGAAAAGUGGUUGCUAGAUGACCUUCAUACAAUUCUAAUAGUAUUGUCGUGUGGUUUACCUUUCGGAAUAAAGGAAUUUAAAGUAAUCAAUUCUACUAAUAUUAAAAAUUGUAAAGUUUUGAGUUUUUCUUUUAUGUGUACCUAUCAUAAAUCGACAAUUUGAGGUUCAAAGGUCGUAAUCACCAGAAUAUUACUAUUUAGGAGAGCCAAAAAACUAAAAUUAAAAAUGUUGUUUGUUCCAAUUGACAAAUACUCGUACAAUCAUGGUGAACUGAACGACUGCGAAAAUGCUAGAAGGUUUCGUAUCCUACUAUUAUCCUUACAAUAUCGUUCGCGCCCCUUCUGCCCCGCCUUCUCGCACUCUCGCUGGAUACCUCCCACUCUCGCUGGUCAGGCCUUCCGCUAG